AAGAUUCCUUCCGUCUCUUUUAGCGUAACUAAUUGCAGUGCACUGACAGAACCUCUCUGUUCUUCAAUGGCGUCUUCUUCUUCGUCUUCAUCUCGAGCUCCAGGUGUGAAUGUGGGAAUCUUGCUUAGUGAGGCAUUGAAUGGAGACCUGGCAUCGUUCAAGUUGGUUUUGUCUGGCCUUGACAUUCGAAGUCGAGGAGGUUUAGCAGAAACGUUGAUGAGGAUGACGGAUAAAAACGGGAGGAAUGCUCUGCAUUAUGCAGCGAGCGGAAAAAGAGGAGCACUUCGCAUCUGCAGAUAUCUUGUUGAGAAAGUGAAGCUUGACAUCGAUAUCAAAGAAAAGAAAUAUGGUCAGACUCCUUUACAUAUUGCUACUAUUGGGAACUCUUUUCCUGUUGUUCGAUAUCUUGUUGAGAAUGGUGCCAAUGUGAAUGCUGCAGAUCAGACUGGAAGCACUCCUUUGAUUUAUGCUGCGAGACUAGGCAUGUUAACUACCUUGAAAUGCAAAUUGUUUGUUUGUUUGAUUUCAGUUGUUCUAUUCAACUGUUCUAGCUGAAGUAGGCAGAAGUUAUUGUUUUAAUUGUCUGUCUAUAUGUUGGAGUGAAUGAAUGGAUUAUGAAUGAACAUGGCAUUUCAGGUUUGGAGAAAAGGUGUGGCUAUCAAUUAUCCCUUCUCUAUUUGAACAAAUCAGUUAUGCUAUAUCUUGUCCCCCUGUUGUGACUACAUAGCUUAGCCUUAGACUUAGGGUGUUGUCUAUUGCUCUUGAUGUUUUCCUUUUCAAUUGUGCUAGUAGCUAUACUUAUGGAUUUAAUAAAUAAUAAGUCUUCUAAACCUAUGGAAUUUUGAGGAGGGGCCUGGGAGGUUUGCUGGACCCAAGAAACUUACACAGUGUUAUGCCUUAAUUGUCUGUCUAUUGUGGAUUGAAUGAAUUAAUGAACUUAUG